GAGGAUGCUGCUCCCGCCAGGUGAUUAGAUUUAGUUUUAACAUCUCCUGUUCCUGCUGCUUCGAGAAGGUGUUGACUUGCUCAGAAGUGCAAGCCCAGACCUUUAAUCGAGCAUCAUACUGCUGCUUUCUUUUAAGUAGUUGAAAUCUGUUAUUUAAUCUCAAAACCACUGGAAUAAGUGAGGAAACAUCAUAAAUUCCAGUGUGGUUCCUGCAUUCUUGGAGUUUGACUGAUUUUUUGGCAUAACCAUUUUUUCUGUCUUUUUACCUAAAUAUUGCAUGCCUGGACCAGUCCCUAGUCCAGCGGAGUAAACCAGAUGCUAACAGUGUUGCAAGUAGAUAUUGCCUGAAAAACAUCGUAAAAUUAUUCUUCCUGUUGGUAUGAGUCAUGCCACCAUGUUAUGUGAUUCCUUCCCUACAAUUGUUAGCAUUUGCUUUCUGAUGGGGCUGGAGUAGUCUUACACAGUUUGUUGAGUGCUUUAUGUUUUUAGACGCCAUUUUUUUCAUUAUUUAAUUGCUUUUUUGUUUGGAUUCCAGCCUUCAUGGGACCAUGAAGUAUAUAAUGUUUUCCUGUUUUGGCAAAGCUCUUCAGAAAAUCAACAGCAUGCAUCAAGGAGCUUUCUAUUUAUCAAAAAAACAGGAGAUAAAGUUAUCCCUAAGUGAUCAAAUGGUUAUAUGCCUAUCAGACCUUAAUUACAGAAAUUCAUUUCUUCCGUGUCCAGCUUUAAACUUGUUGCUCACCCAUUAAAUCACAAAGGCUUAUUAGGAGCUUUCAGUGUCUUACACACAGAUGUAUUUUGUGUGCUAAGCGUAAUUGAAACCAUCUUUAAAAUUGCUUGGGAGAAGAAAGCCUGACUACAAGGACUAAAGGAAGGGUUCAUCUGCUUUAGAAUUUGGUGUCUCAGCUAUUCAUUUUUUUCAGAAUUGUUGCAAAUUAAAUUGUCUGUAAACAGUGCGAUGUUUAUAUUGAAGAGGGUUCUAUUUAAUUGUGGGAUGUUUUGGCAGAUGCUAUUUUACCAACACUCAAUAGGUUUCUGAUGGCUUGACACGGCUCCCUUUUUCAAGUAAAGCUGCCUCAGUUGGUUAUCAGCUCUGCACUGUUGAUUUUGCAAGGGAUAUCAUGUUGGGAAUUGCAGGAAUCAUGAGAGCGGAUGCACACUGCAGUGCCGAGUCUUUGUACAAAUCAUUGACUUAGGGCAUUCUAGCUCAUUUUGGCACCCACCUAGUUAUCUGUUUAAGAGGAAAAAAAACACUUCUGGAAGAUGAGUUAGUCUACCUAUGGUCUGGCUUACUUUCUAGGGGUGCCUUUUUCUCUUUGGUGGCUAUGGAAGGAGUUUAUUAAGUUUUGGCACUAAACACAUCAGUUUUGUUAGUGACCUUGUACUGUGUGGUAUGAGCUUAAAUUGUGAUUCCCACCCUCAGCCUGUCUGUCUAAAGAGUAGAGGGAAUGAGAACAUAGGGUGAAAAAUGUGAUAUAAAUCCAAAGUAGUAUUAGUACUGCAUUUGCCUUGCUGACAGUUGUCUUCCAUGUCUGGUUUAGAAAAUUUCUUUGAUCAAUAGUAUUUAUGAUUUGGUGUCCCUAUGUAAUACUCUCCUUUAAAUAAAUAAAGUUUUCUGGAUCCUAGCAGCUGAAAACAUUUCUUUUCCCAGCCUGUGUACAGGCUCUGGUUCAUUUGAGGAUGUGGGUUGUGACAGGCAGCUGUUUUAAAUAAGCAAGGCAAAGAGGACUGAGAAACAGAAGUUAUAUGAAGUAUGAUUUGAAAUAUGCAGCUUUAGGAAGAUUGAUACAAAACAGAUUGACUCUGUGGUCAACUAAUACUAGACGUUCAUAGCAGGGGCUUCCUUUUCUUACACACAUGGGUGUCCCAGGUACUGCAGCAGUAUGUGCACCAUACAGCUCCAAUUCCCCACCAAUGGCUCCUGAAUACUAUAAAACUGAUCUUGAAAGAGGUUUCAGUUGAAUUUUGGUGCUGUAAUGCCUUUGAUGAUGUUUAUCUUAAGCAUGUUUACCAGAUGAAUAAAGGGAAUUUCUUCUUUCUGUCAACCAUGGCAUCACAAAAUCAUUGGCCUGGAUGGGACUUUGGGGUUCAUCUAAGCCAGCAUUUUGCUCUGAAGGAGAAGUAGUUUACCUGGAGAUAUUUAUCUAGAUCAUUUGCAGAUCGCCUACUGAAGGAGAUCUCAUCUCUUCCCAAGGGGAGUUUGCAGGUGAUUCAUGCCUUGUGAGAUCUGACAUACGAUCAGUCCCCCAGGACUGGGCUGUGCAAGUCAACGGAGUUUCAUCUUGUGACAAUUCUUGUGCAGGAAAAGGUGGAUGAAUGAUGAAUCCCUUCAUGGUUCUGGCAGUAUUGCUCCCCCUGAGGACUUGCUACAGUACAUACUCACAGCAAGAAUCCACUGUGUUUCCAGUAAUGUACCUUAACAUUUCCAAGGAUUUGGCUCUUCAGCGGCUGCUGGUGGAAUGGGAUGUUGGCAGGUCAGCGCAUGAUACUGAGCUGGCAAUGUCUUUUGAAAUACAAGUCCGCCAAAUAGAUGAAACUACUACUGUGUGGACAGAGUUUCAUAAUGUCACACUUGAUAAAUCAGGAAAGCCUCUUCAUUGGAUGUGGAAUUCAGAUUUACCUUUGGAGUGUAUGUCUCACUCGGUGAGAAUCAGGAGCAAAGCAGAAGCAUCAAAAAUCUGGAGUCAGUGGAGUUUGUGGGAGACUGUCCUGGGCCUGGACACUUCAAAUAACAGUGGACCACAAAUCUUUCCAAAUGAAAAAAUUGUAGAGGAAGGCUCUGACAUCACUUUUUGUUGCAUUGGAAGGAAAGGUCAAAUCAUUAAGGAAUUCUUUCUAGUCCCAGCUGUUCAUGUUUCCAGUCACACAAACAGUCAAGUUGGACUUCUCACAGUGAAAAAUGUGGCACAUCAAGAAGUGCCUCACAUCAGUGUCUACUGUCAGGAGUCUUGCAACGAAGAGCAAUGCUAUGAUCAUGCAGUUUUCUUUGUGGGUAAACCACCUGAUACACCCAAUGAUUUUUCCUGCCAAACUCAAGACGUGAGAAUAGUAACAUGUACUUGGAGCCAAGGAGGAGACACCUAUCUUUAUGGACGUCAUUCACCAAAACACACCUUGUCUGAAGAGUUUUCCCAAAAAAUGGUUCCGUGCACAGUAAGUUGUUCUGAGCAGUGCUCGUGUUCUUGGGAUAUAGGCCAGCAAAGGAUCUGUAAUAUCACAGUGACUGUGGAAAACCCACUGGGAAAGAAAACUGCCACGGAUGUUUUUGAUGUAACUCACAGAAUUUAUCCUGCUGCACCUUUCCAGCUGUGGGAACAAUGCACAGAUACAGAAAUCACAUUAUAUUGGAAACAUCGAAACAAAGGAAUUGAAUUCUUUUGUCAGACUGAAGUGAUCCAACCUGAUGGGAAAGUGGAACUGCAUAAUAGUUCAGAUGCGCAACUCCAUUAUGCUAGCAUCACCCUGAGUGGACUGCAGCCAUACACUGAAUACACAGCUAGAGUACACUGUGGGGCAGCUAAGCAUUUCUGGAGGUGGAGUGAAUGGAGUGAAGCCCGAACCAUCAGAACAAAGGAAGCAAGUCCAUCAGGGAAACUGGACAUCUGGAGAGAAAUUACACCAGUUCUGGGGGGGCGGAAUGUGACCUUGUUCUGGAAGCAAGCACCAAGUUUUCGAGCAAAUGCAAGAAGUAUUUCCUAUGAAGUAACCUGGGAAAAAGUAGAAGAUGGCUCUAAGCCUGAAAGCAUCUCCUUUUCAUCAGUUUACAAUAGCACAAGGAUUUCUAUUGAUAACGAUUCCUACAGAAUCAGUAUCAUGGCAAAGAACAAUGUUAAUUAUUCACUUCCUUCAGUAUUGAUCAUCCCUAGAGCUACAGGUACUGAAGAGCUUAAAGAAGAACAGGUUAAUGGUACAGAUGAUGGCAUUUUUAUUUCCUGGGAGCCCAGACAUAUAUAUGACAGUUACGUUAUCGAUUGGUGUAACUUUCCAAUGUUGCAGCCCUGUGAUUUGCAGUGGAAGAGAUUUGGGCCCAACACUUCCAGUGCUCUGAUUAACUCAGCUGCUUUUGUUCCGGGGGUGAGAUACAACUUCCACGUCUAUGGAUCUGUUGCUAAUACAGCCUCCUUACUGGAGAAGAAGACUGGUUAUCUCAGGGAGCUACCUACUCUGCUUGACCCUGUUGUGGAAAAAGUUGAACUGACUUUCAAUGCAGUAACACUAUCUUGGGAUUCUUACCCCACAAAUAAGUCACAGUUUGGUUUUGUAAGAGGCUACCAUGUUUACGUGUCACCUAUACGAGAGGACUGCAGUUUGAAAGGAUCCAAAAAACAUGUUCUUCCAGAUGGUUCAGUGCUAUGUAAAUACACAAUUGAAAACCCAGAAGAAAAGAGAUACACCGUGAAACACCUACUGUCAAACACAAAAUACAAACUAGUGGUUAAAGCAUAUACAAGUGGAGGAGAGACUCCCAUCGUUAACUUUAUAUACAUAGAUACACCGUUUAACUCAAACAUACUGUACCUUCUAGUCCUGCUAGUGAUAGUUCCAUCACUAGUAGCAGCUAUAUGCCGCUGGAAGAUGAAGUGGGUGAAGGAGUGCUGCUGUCCUGUAAUACCUAGUCCUAACAAGAGCAAAGUGCUGUCAUUCAAAGAGUUUAAGAUCAGUUCUGAGAAAGUAUUGAAAAUAAGUGACUGCAUUCCUGACAUGCUAGCAGUGGACAAUAAGGCUGAAGCCCAGAAAUUACAUCCAUGGAGCCAGUUGUCUUCAACACCAACAGAAGAUAAGAUUGGUGGUCACAAUUCUUCCUGGAUUUACCCUAAUGAAAAUGAAGAGAGAGACUUUACACCCACACCUACACCUCAGACUCAUACUUGGUUUGAAAAUUUUGCUUAUUCUUCUCAUCUUGCAGUUGAAUCUGAUCCCUAUCAUAUACCAGAGACACUAGAACCAAGCAAGCCAGAACUGUCAGUAGUGCUGUACCAGCCACACUACUACUUUGAUAUUUUUAAUAAAGAUGCUGCCUCAACACCCAGAGAAACAGCUGGCAGAAAGACCAGUCUGAGAUAUAUUUCACAAACAGAUGUGCACUGCCUAGGGAGGAGGCUUUGAUGUCCUCUCCUCCCUUGAGUAAAUCCAGUAUUUGGUUACACAAUAUAAAUAAGAAUUUCUAAAACCACAACAGCUUCUUUUGAUGAAGGCUUUCACAAGCCCAACUUCUGUUAACACUGCAAUGCUCUUGCUUCAGGACUAGUUUAAAAAUACUGACUUGUGCACAGGAGUGAUGUGUGCUAUGGUUUCAUCACAAUUUAUAGGAUUAUGUAAGAUUUGCAGGCUGUUUUGUGGCCUGUAUUAUGUAUGAAGUUAGAUCACAGCAGUUUCUCAUAGCCUGAUGCAGAAAACUACUAUAUUUUGCAGUGAUUAAAAAUUUAUUUGGAAAGUAGAGGAGCAAGUUAAACAAGCAGGUAGGCUGUUGUGCUCAAGGAGGGUAUUCCACUUGCAGUAUUCUGUGUGCGCUUACUCCGUGUUCUGGCCACUCCUAGCUAGUGUGUAUUGUGCAGCUGUGCAUGGAGCACUACCCAGCUCAGAGUCUGCCUCAGCCCAGUAACAGUGGGAUGGUGGGUUGUAUUUUCCCUCUCUCAAAUGAUGUAAGGAAUCAACGUGGAAGGGUUACCUGCAUUCAGUGUGGUGCAUUACUGAAAGAUUAGAAGGAACUUAACACUCCUAGAGAAGUUAACCCUGUGCACUAAAAUCCAAUGAUCAUCCUGCUUUUACUUUACCUAACUACACUUGAAAACAGAUUUUUAUAGUACAGGCCCCUGUUUGUUAGUGGGCUGCUGCUCCCAUUUCUGGUAACUGGGACUCCUCACACAUCUGCCUUCUUUGCCUGGAAGAAUCACCCUUUAAAAUCGCCCCCCCCCCCCCCCAAAUCCUCUUAGCUAAACAAAGAAAUGUGGAGAGUGGAAAAGAACUGUUUUUCCAGCGGGACACCUCUUUGCAGACCUGUUGCCAUGGCACUCCUUCUCUGCUUGUGCACAUGAAUUCACUUCUUUUGGCAUUAACCCCUGCACUUACAUAGCAAGCCCCAAUCAACCUGGUAAGGAGACACAGUAGUCAGAUGCAUAGGUGUAUAAAUCCCAUUUGUGAAGAACAUCAUAUUCAGGCUGCAUAUCAGCUAGAUCUUCCAACACUACUUUUGCAUGUAAAAAAAAAAUAUAUAUAUACACACACACAUAUAUAUUUUUCAUUGUAAUGCUUAGAAUCCCUACAGUAGGCACUGGUACAUUUAGGUCUUCCAUUCUGAUUUAAAAAAAUUGUGUAUUUGUAAUGAAUCAGAAUAGUUGUAAUUCUAUCUGAAAGUCUCAUCAGAUUAACCUCCUCGGUGCACAAGGAACCCUUUGGUUUUGCCUAAUUAUGAUGCUGUCCAGCAUCUUUCACAAACAAAAGAAUUCAACUUAAGAGCUGUGAUAGUGUGUUCCCCCUGCCCCAGCCUGAACUCUAUUGCCCAUAACUCCACUCAAGCAAUAACCACCAGUGGCGGUCAUAAUGGAUGCGUCUGGUUGGAAUGGCAGCAUCCAGCUCAAAGUGGAUUCAGGGGAGACAGGUAACAACACAACAGCCAAGGGCUAAUGGAGCAUGUGCCAACCAAAAUAUGGCUGGUAUGCAAAUAUCACUAUAAGUCAAUUAUCUUACUCCAUAAAUAGCAGACAGCUAGCCCAGGGCCCAUUGAGCUCUCCUGCACAGCAGUGGACUGCACAGCAGGAUCUCCCCUUGAGCAGGGACACCUCUCAAGGUUACUCCUCAAGGUUGAGAGAUUCCUUGCCGCAACAGAUUCUCAGUAAGUGAAUUGGGAAUAAGAGCACUGAAACUUUGAAGUCAUAGCUAAGUGUCCUCUAUGCGGUAAAUACUGAAGCAUACCUUGCCCUCGAAUCCUGUAAACCACUGUCGCAUUUACCACUGAGCUUUGUUAACUCACUGUCUUGAUCAAUAAAGUACAUUGUUGCUUCUCUCUUGCAAGUGAAGUGCGUAACUCCAUCUGCAACAAGAGCACAGAAUAAGCAGUUCUCAAAAGGGAAAAAAUGAAGUGUUUUUUACAAUUUGAUCUUCAGCUAAUUUGUUCAAACAUAGGGAAGACAAGUGCAUUAACUAGCUAAUCAUACUUCCUAAAAACUAAGCAGCUGCAGGCAGAAACAAGUUUUGAUACUGAACCACAUCUAGGUUUUAUACUAUUGUUUAUAGACACUGCUGUAAUGUUGCAACAGGAAGACCAGUUAAGACCUUACAUAGACAUUGGCUGAGACACACAUUGACUGCAGGGGGAGAAGUCUUCAGGCAGGCAAAGGAGAGGUACAAACAGGAGUGCAAACACACAGAUACCCCUAACCACAGUUCACUAUCCAGUCAAUGCACACUGUUCUGUGUCCACGUGUAGGUCACACAGACUUACUUGAGACAUAGGAAAAAAAAAAAAUGCAGCAUGGUCCUUCCUUUUAGCCUUCAGACAGUGGAGUAAGGAAACAUGGCUGGUCCCAUUUAGCUGAACUGCAGUUUGACAGAGAAUAAGGAGGUAAGAGAGGAAGCUGAUGCUAUUCAAUGGAGACAUCCCAGAGAAACUUUUCUUCCCUCUAUGUUACAGUGAAUUUGAAAGUUUGAUACCACAGUAUCUUUGUGACCUAGAACUUCUCCGAAGUGUUUUCACCACAUCGCAUGUACUUGCGUAGUUUAAAAGCUUUAUUGUUGGAAAAAAGGCCAAUAAACAGAAGGGAGCUGUUUUGCCACUACCAAAGUAGCAACUUCAUAGCUGUGCAUUUCAAAGAAAGGCCUGUUUAUUUAAAAAGGUUUAAAAGGUAUCCUAAAUCAAGAGUUACACAUCUAAGGAAUUCUGAUACAGAAGUUGGUCAAAAAGAUCAGACCAUCCCAUGAAACAUUUUAAAUUUCAACAUGCUGCAGUUCCUCACACCAGAGGACAGCUGUAACAAAGCGCAAAUUCCUACCUCUGAAAAAGCAGCUGCCACCAGGGCUUGGCUGUGGUAAUUCAGCCCCAGGAGUGAAUGGAGGUAUGCAUGCAGGUGCAGGCAAUGUGGGGCCAGUUGUGCCUUCCCAAUGGUGGGGUGAGACACAUUGGCCUGUGGAGAGUUUCCACCUCAGCUCCCUUGGUCUUUCUGCAGGAGAUCCUGCACUGGUGAAACUUCAUUAUCUGGAAACAAGGAAACACUUUACCCAGUACCAAAUUGCUUGGCAAGGUGAUGAGAAGUUAGCUCCUCUCUAUCUAUAAGCCUUUCCCCUUGCUGGCCCUGAUGGGUGGUGUUUCAUGAAACCACCUGUGCUUAAAAGCACACAGAGGAUUCCAGGGAGGAUAAUGCCUUCCUGCCUGUCAAAGAGUACAGUCCAGGCACUAGAACUAAAGAUUAGAAAAGUAUUUUUGCAUCAGUGGGGAGGCAUGUAUAGUUUUCAUAUUUUUAAGACAUCUGUCUUGCAUUAAUAGUUGAAUGAAUUCAAAACUCUAAACUUUUUUUUGUUUAUAAUUCAACUUUCACAGCAGUUGUUGAAAUGCUAAUACUUAAACCAUCACAUAAUGGAAAAUUAUUAAUUCUCAGUAUCAAUCAGUAUGCUAAAUUUUAAAAAUAAGAAUGGUGUACAAGGAGUCCCCUUAUAUUUUUAUAAGACAUCUUACAAAGCAAUAAUGUAAAAUGAAUUUGACAAAAAUAUCAGGUUGUUCUAGUUAAUUAGUAACUUACAAAUAUAAAUAAAAUUCCAACCCAUUUCUAGUACCGAGUGGUACAUACAAGACCAGAACAACUAUAAGAAGUUUAAGUACAUUUUAUUAACAAUGCAUCCCUUUGACAAGAUUAUGCUUCAGGAGGCUUUUAAUGCCCAUUGACAUGAACUGUACACACUAUACAAAAAAAAACCAGAAACCCCCCCCCCAAAAAAAAAAUCAAAGUGGGUAAUACCAUUUUGGGACAAGCCUCUGUUUAAAUUAUACACAGCUCAAUGCAAUAUUCUUACGGAAAAUAUAUAAAUACUUUUUCUUUUUAUGUUACAGGUAUACAAUAUAAAUCAGAUUUCAAUGUCUGUUCAGUGACCUACAAACACUAGAACCUCCAAAUAUGUAGCAGCGUAUUACUAAAUUAAAAGACCACACAGGACAGGGAGAGUAAGUCUUGAGAUUUUCCUUGAUCCCUUCCCUCCUCAGAAUGGUUAAUUUAGAUAAUCUCUUGCAAUGCAGUUUUAGGGAUGCUGACAGCCCAGUAUUGGAACAAUUUUUCUAAUAAAUCUACAAAAUGUCUGGCUUUUCCUCCCUUAGACAUUGCAUCUUAUGCUAAAACACAGUAUUCAGUGGCAAAAUGGCAUGUUACACUUUUUGGCAUAAAUUACAUUUCUCAAAUAAAAUAGUGUAUUUUACAAAGCAACUCAAGCAAAAUGUGCAAUUUCUGCAUCCUGUGGCAUUGCUGUCCAUCCAUGUUACAAAAAUAGUCCAAAAAAAUCCACAUUCUUUACUGAACAUACACAUCUGUUGAAAACAAAACAAUCCAGGGAACCAGAAUCGGGAGUUAAACAAAAACCAGGAGAUGGGGGGCUUCUAGCAAAAUACAAACAUGGUUUCUAGUAUGUUCCCAAAGGUCUUUUACAGUUCUCAGAUUUUACUCUCACCUAGUACACCUUUAAUAAGCACAUGAUAAUAGAAAUGUAACUUAAAAA